GUUUCUCAUUUCUUCCCACACCUCAACCUCAAACACUAUCCACUUCAUAAAUUCUGUUUGUGUGUUCAAUCCAAUUGUUUGUAUAAUUAGAAGAGAAAAAUGGGUGUUUUCACAAAAGAAGCAGAGGUGAGUACCCCACUCCCACCAGCCAAGGCUUUCAAGGCCUUUGCUGUAGAUAUCGAAAACCUAAUGCCCAAAGUUGCCCCACAAACAGUCAAGAGCGUCGAGGUCCUUGAAGGAAAUGGUGGCCCUGGUACUAUCAGGAAGAUCACCUUUGCUGAAGGGCAUGGAUUAAGUCAUGCGAAACACAAGGUUGAUGUAUUAGACAAAGACAACUUGGUGUACGCUUACACUGUGAUGGAAAGCGAUUUUUUUAACAACAAGAUCGAGAAAAUCAGUUACGACAUCAAGUUUGUUGCAGCAGCUGAUGGAGGGUCAACUGUUAAGGUAGCUGCCACGUUUUACACCGCCGGUGACACUGAGGUCACUCCCGACUUAAUGGCCCAGAUCAAGGAAGCUUCCGAGAAGCGAGCCCUUGUUAUGAAGGCUAUUGAAAGUUACGUCUUGGCAAAUCCCGAUGCCUAAAACUGUGCUUUCAUGGCGUUAAUGGUGUGUGGUUUGGAUAUUUCAUAUGUUGUGUUACUCAAAAGCAGUGUUUGAUUGGGUAAUAAGUGAUUUGUCUCUCUAGAUUUGAUCAUCUCUAUUUCUAUUGUAAUAAAAGUCUUUGGAGUUGUUAUUAUGUUUGAUAUAUGAGAGUGAAGAAUAUACUUGCAGGUUUUCUUUA